AGCACGCGACGCCACUUGUGCUCAAUUUAUAAUCAAAGACCUGCGCGGGACACUUGGCGGUGCGACCUUUUGUGGAAGUCAACAUCCAUUUGAAGUGCGACCCACAAGGGCCUAAAGUAAUUAGAAUGGGCUGCAUGGUUUGGGGGCUUCGUAAUCACUCGUCGCGCUUCAUGGAAUCUAAUAGCAAAAGUUUUCAGCCCUGGAAAGACUACAUGGGACUGUCGGAUGUAAUCCAAGGAAUCGUGAGUCGGAAUACCUCCGACCGUUCUCCCCCAGCGGCCUCUAAAGUUGACGUAGGUGCGGCUUGGGGUUGCCUGCGCCUUAACGCACUCGCCCAAAGAAGCGACCCUGAGACACCUGCUUUUCCAGCUGUUCUUGUUGGAUCUGCGAGUCUCGGAUUCAGCACGCGACAGCCAGCUGGUGGCCUGCGGGACGACGUGUUGAUUGUUUCUGCUCGUCCGCCAACCGAAGCGGGGAUGAAAGGAGCGCCUAGCGGUCCACAACAUCGCGGGACGACGGCGCGUCAGGAGAGACCGUCCCUCCCAUCUCCAGAGAGCAUGAGGUGCAGUUUUUGUAAACACAACGGGGAGACUGAAUCAGUCUACAAUUCCCACUGGCUGAAGAACCACUCAGGAGAGGUUCUGUGCCCUUAUCUGCGCCACUACGUAUGUCCACUGUGCGGAGCCACGGGCGCAAACGCCCACACCAAGCGGUUUUGCCCGAAGGUUGACAGCGCGUACAGUUCAGUGUACACCAAGUCCAGACGUUGACGCUGCAGUGGGGUGGUUUCUCCCAGAUGCGACACGCAAAGAUGACGUUUAAUUGACUGUGAACUGGUUCAACACGCGUGCGGUGUGUGUUGUUUUGCUUUUGUUUGUGCGCGUGUUGAACAAAACUGAUCUUAACUUGGCACGUUUGCUGUGUACCUUUUUUUUUUUUUCUAUUGGAUUUCAGGCAUUUUCUGCUUAAAUGCUGUUGAGACAACGGCUGACAGUUAUUGCCUGCGAACUGUUUUACAUAUUUUAAAACCUGACCAGCUAACCGCUGUCUGUGGAGGAUCCCCCCUUACAUAUCCCUUUUAAGCAAUAACUCACAAAGCUACUCAAUUAUGUCAUGUUCUCUCUCUCUCUCUCUUUCUCUCUCUCGCUUUUUAUUUUUAGAUUUAAUGACUCGUUGUUAUGGAGUGUGCAAAUACCCGUUCUUGAAACUUAUGUUCAGUAUAUGCAUGUGACCUUGAAAAAUAAUUGUUAAAGCUCCUAUCCGUUUGUGGAGGAAAAGUGUGUGUGUAUUCUUGUUAACCCAAAUUAUAACUAUUGGAAACGAA